CAUAACCCAAAUCUCUCGAAGGCAUCUGUUCCGCUUUCAGACAACCAGUGGCGGCGAAUCCAGUUCUUCACAUUCCGACAACAUGAAACGGAAGAAAUGGUCAGAGCUAGAAGAACAGACCUUACUUUCCAAGUACUUCGAUCUUCACAAUUCAGGGUCUCUGUCCAAGCUCAAGACCCGGGAGAAGAAGUUCCGGCCCAUCGCCGACCACGUUAAUUCUGUGCAUCAUCUCCAGGACCCAGUUACCUUCCCCUUCAAGUGGUCAUGGCGGGACGUUUCCAUCAAGGUGCAGAACAUGAGGCAUCAGUACCUGGGGGUGAAGCAGAAGAUCAGGAUUUCAAAGGAUGAGUUCAAUUGGAAAGAUGGUGAGAACCACUGGGAAAAUUUCUUGAAGUAUAAAGAGGUUUUUGGUGAUGUGGAGCUCGAAGUGAAGGGAAAGAAAUCAAGUGAUAAUGGUAAUGGUAGUGGUAGUGGUGGUGAUUUGUUUGAGGAUUGUUGUGACUUGGGGUUUGGAAUUGACUGUGAUGACUUCGAGGAGGAAGAGGAGGAUGAUGGUGUUGAUGGAGAUGGAGAUGGAGUUGGGGAUGAUGGUGGUGAGGAUAAGGUGGGGAGUGAAGGUGAAUUUGUUGGAGAGAGGGAAUUUGGGGAUAUGGGUGGCAUUCGUGUGAGGAAAUUUAAGAAGGGUAAUGGAGGAAAUAAGGGAUUUGGGAUCCUUUGUGGUCAGGUUUUAGAAUUGAGGGAUUCUGUGGUGAGGAGGGAAGAGAAAAAAAGGGAAAGAGAUUUUGGAAGAGAGAAGGAGGAGGUUGGAAGGGAAGAAGAAAAAAGGGAAUUGGUGUUGAGGAGGGAAAAGCGGCAAAUAGAGAGAGAGGAGAGGUUGCAGGAGAGGGAGGCAGAGUUGGAGGAGAGGGAGUUGGUGUGGGCAAGAAGGGAGCUUGAGAGAAGAAUAAGGUUAGAGGAGGAAUUGGAUGAGGAGAGGAGGAGAAGAAGGAGAAUGGAGGAGAAGAGGGAGGAGGAGGAAAUGGAGUGGAGGGAGAGGUUGGUUGGAUUGCAGAUUGAACAUGAGAAGGCAAUAAUGCAGAUGCAUGCAGAGGCUUGCCAGAACCAAAUGCAGAUUCUUGGGGUCAUGGCAAGGCUCUUCUGUCAGUUUUUUGGGUCGGCUAAUGAUGGAUUGGGCGCUGGGUUGGGGGCUUUGCCUCCUCAGGUUUUACAAAAUUUGCAGCAUCCUGGAGGAUUGAGUGACAAUGGGAAGCCUGACUCCAGUUCUCCUUCAGAAUUCAUGUAAAGUGUGAUUCAAUCACCCCUGUGAAUACUAGUGUUUCUUAAGCUCAGAUAAGCUGUGAAUUUAGUUGAUUCUUCUGAUAUUGGAUGCUUUCCUAAUAUGAUACCUGACUGAAUGAAAUGUAUUUCCUUACCAAAUGUGGUUAAGUUGGCUAUCCCUUGUUUACGCAAUUUAUGCACAAUUCAGGAUCAUUUUCUUUUGGAAUAAAUCUGUUGACUCUUACUUCUAACCCUGUUUAGUUAGCCCUCUACAUUAAAUUUGCAAUUUUAACUUUCUGUGUUCUCUGUUUUAUAUUAUCUUUAAUGUUGCUUGGUUGAUACAUUCCAUCAAUCUUUGAUGAGAAAUGCAAUGUCAAAUUUUAAUUGAGUGAACUAAGCUCUUUUUUCUUUGCUAACUGUUUAAAGCAAAAACUUAGGUGUGUUGUAAACCUUUUUUUUUAUUAACAAUGAAACAAUAGCUUGAGUGCUUCUAUAAUACCCCAAUCCCACGUUGGGAAGAUAUUGUGUGUGAAUGGUAUAUAUGGACUACUACUAACAACUUUGAGCUUGUGCCUGUGAGGAUCAUGGGAAAGUUGGCCCAAUGAGUUGUUAGCCUAAAAUCUAAUGGUUCUUUAGCUGUAAAAUUCCUUAUGGAACUAAAUUAACCUUUGGGAGAUAAGGACUAUAGCUUUUUGAGAAGACUCUUGGUGAUGGAUAGUUUUAUAAGUGCAAAGUAAUUGAACCAGUAAUUGUAGAUCCCAUGAUUUAUAAUAUUGGAAGCAGAGCAGGUACAUGCUGGUUUUCUUCAUUUUGUACGGUUAUCUGUGCUAAUGAACCACAAUCUUGAUGUCCAUGAGUUCUGGGGCUUUCUGUUUAUUGGCCUGUGUUGUUAUACUGCCUUUAUAUUUAGUAAUCACUUGACACAGGUGAAAGUGGGAGGAUUUCUCCAUGGGCUUUAUGUUCCUAAUUAGAAGCUUUUAUUGUAAUAUAAACUCUGGUAUGAA